AUGGUCCGGGAGCUAAGGGAGCGCAGGAUCCGUCCCCAGCUGUUAAAGGAGAAGAUUGAGGGAUGCCACAUCUGCACUUCAGUGAUGCCUGGGGAGCCCCAGGUGCUGCUGGGAAAGGACAAGGCGUUCACCUAUGACUUUGUGUUCGACCUGGACACGUGGCAGGAGCGGAUCUACACCACCUGCGUCAGCAAACUCAUCGAGGGCUGCUUUGAAGGCUACAAUGCCACUGUGCUGGCGUAUGGCCAGACCGGCGCUGGGAAGACGUACACCAUGGGCACUGGCUUUGACACAAACAUCUCGGAGGAGGAGCACGGGAUCAUCCCGCGGGCCAUCUCCCACCUCUUCAGCGGCAUCGAGCAGCGCAAGCGGGCAGCGCAGGAGCGUGGCACAGCCGUGCCAGAGUUUAAAGUCAGCGCCCAGUUCCUGGAGGGUCACAGCCUGGAUCAGCCCUACGGCCGGAUUUCGGAGACCUGGGUUUUUCCUCCCUGCUCUGCCAUGCACGCCCAAGUGACCGGCCUUCCAGAGGGAUCCCAGGCCACCAGCGAGUACAAGACCCUCACCGCCAAGUUCCACUUCGUCGACCUGGCUGGCUCGGAGAGGCUGAAGCGGACGGGAGCUACGGGCGAGAGAGCCAAGGAGGGCAUCUCCAUCAACUGCGGCCUGCUGGCGUUGGGAAACGUCAUAAGCGCCCUUGGAGAGCAGAGUAAGAAAGCGGUGCACGUACCCUACCGAGACUCCAAACUGACCCGGCUCCUCCAGGACUCCCUUGGGGGGGAACAGCGCAAAGCAGGCUGCUGCCUGAGCCACACUCCCAGCCUGUGCCGGCCCAGGGUGGAAAGGGCCAACGCCCCGUUUAUAAACCAAACCAUCAUGAUCGCCUGCAUCAGCCCCUCUGACCGGGACUUCAUGGAGACCUUAAACACGCUCAAGUACACCAACCGGGCUCGCAACAUCAAGAACAAGGUGGUGGUGUACCAGGACAAAACCUGCCAGCAGAUCAGCGCCCUGCAGGCCGAGAUCGCCCGCCUCCAGAUGGAGCUCAUGGAGUACAAGGUGGGCAAGCGUGUGAUCGGGGAGGACGGUGCCGAGGGCUACAGUGACUUGUUCCAGGAGAACGCCAUGCUCCAGAAGGAGAACGCCACCUUGCGCAUGAGGGUGAAGGCCAUGCAGGAGGCCAUUGAUGCCAUAAACAGCUGGGUCACCCACCUGAUGAGCCAGGAGGCCAAUUUGAUACUGGCCAAGGCAGGUGACGGCAACGAGGCCAUCGGCGCCCUGAUCCAGAACUACAUCCGGGAGAUCGAGGAGCUCAGGACAAAGCUCUUGGAGAGCGAAGCCAUGAACGAGUUGCUCCGCCGGAGUCUGUCGCGGGUCUCCUCCAGGCCCCCAUACUCCCUGGGCUCGUCUCCAGGCCUGGGGGCGCUCAGCAGCCCCGUGGUCUCCAUGGAGGCAGAGGCCAUCGAAGUCCUCCGGCGGGCCAAGCAGGACCUGGAGCGGCUGAAGAAGGAGACCAAACAGCGGAGGAAGAGCCCGGAGAAGGAGGCCUUUAAGAAGAGGCCAAAGCUGCAGCAGGAGAACGGGGAGGAGACGGACGAGAACGAGGAGGAGGAGGAGGAGCGGGAGGAGAGUGGCUGUGAGGAUAAGGACGAGGAUUCGGGCAGCGAGGAGAGCCUGGUGGACUCGGACUCGGAUGCGGAGGAGAAGGUGGUGAAUUUCCAGGCUGAUCUGGCCGACCUGACCUGCGAGAUCGAGAUCGAGAUCGAGCAGAAGCUGAUUGAGGAGCUGGAGAACAGCCAGCGGCGCCUGCAGACCCUCAAGCACCAGUACGAGGAGAAGCUAAUCCUGCUGCAGAACAAGAUCCGCGACACCCAGCUGGAGAGGGACCGGGUGCUGCAGAACCUCAGCACCAUGGAAUGCUACACGGAGGAGAAGGCCAACAAGAUCAAGGCGGACUACGAGAAGCGGCUGAAGGAGAUGAAUCGGGAGCUGCAGAAGCUGCAGGCAGCCCAGAAGGAACGUGCUCGCCUGCUCAAGAACCAGUCGCGCUAUGAGCGGGAGCUCAAGAAGCUGCAGGCUGAGGUGGCAGAGAUGAAGAAGGCGAAGGUGGCACUGAUGAAGCAGAUGCGGGAGGAGCAGCAGCGGAGGCGGCUGGUGGAGACCAAGCGGAAUCGGGAGAUCGCCCAGCUGAAGAAGGAGCAGCGCAGGCAGGAGUUUCAGAUCCGGGCGCUGGAGUCUCAGAAGCGGCAGCAGGAAAUCGUGCUGCGAAGGAAAACCCAGGAGGAGGCCCAGCCCUCAGGCACUGCUCUCACCCAGGUCUCUGCUCUGCGCCGCCUGGCCAAGCCCAUGUCGAACGGGGUCUCUGGGAGGCUGAGUCAGAAGCCAGCCAUGCUGGACUCGGGUGCGGAGGUGUCCGCCAGCACCACCUCCUCGGAACCGGAGUCCGGCUCUCGCUCGGUCUCCAGCAUCGUGCGCCAGUGGAACCUGAAAAUCGACCACUUCCUGAGAGACCCUUCGCCCUCCGUGAAUGGGGCUCGGCCCGUCAGGAAGAAGUUCCCAAAGAAGGGGAUGAGGCAGACCUUCAGCAAGGCGGCCCGGCUCAAGUGGCAGUUGCUGGAGCGGCGCAUCUUUGACGUUGUCAUGCAGAGGAUGACCAUCGUCAACCUGGAGGCAGACAUGGAGCGGCUGAUCAAGAAACGCGAGGAGCUGGCGCUGCUGCAGGGGAAGAGGGGAAAGCUGCAGGCGGAGAGCCCGGAGGAGCAGAAGGGCCUGCAGGAGCUGAACGAGGAGAUCAGAAAAACCCAGGAGGAGCUGGACUCCACCGACACCUCCGUGGUGAUCAGCUCCUGCUCCUUGGCCGAGGCGCGCCUCCUGCUGGACAACUUCCUCAAGGCAUCCAUCGAUAAGGUCAGGUUUGGAGCCAGGGCUAUUUGGCUGCGCCUGGGGCAUCCUUUGUGCGUGGGGGCUCAGAAAGAAGCCCAGAUUCGCCUGCUGGAAGGGCGCCUGAGACAAACGGAUGUGACCGGCUCCUCCCAGAACCAUGUGAUCCUGGAUGCCCUGCGGGAGAAAGCGGAGUCCCACCCCGAGCUGCAGGCGCUCAUCCACAACGUGCAGCAAGUGUCCACAAACUGCCCGUCGGGGGGACGGGGCCUGGGGAAGGCGGGCACAAACCGGGUUCUGCUGUCGGACAGAGUUGGGCGUCCAGUCUCCACAGCCCUCUUAUCGAAGGCACGGAGCUGCCUUCUCCAGCAGCAGUCUCGCCCUAGGCAGUCCCGUGGCUCGGACACCUCGCCUCUGACCCGGAGGAAAUCCUAUGACCGGGGGCAGCCUGCCAGGACUUCGGACGUUGGCUUCACGCCUCCCUCGUCCCCUCCCACCAGGCCGCGCAAUGACCGCAACGUCUUCUCCCGCCUCACCAGCAACCAGAGCCAGGGCUCCAUGCUGGACAAGUCUGACGACAGCGAUUCCUCUGUCUCGGAGGGCCUCAUUAACCCCGUGGGCGGUGCCAGGAGCGCCCGGACAGCCCCGCUGCAGUGCAUCUCCCUGGCGGAAGGACACUCCAAGCCCGUUCUCCGCGUGGACGCCACCAACGAGCUGCUCUUCUCCGGAUCCAAAGACCGGAGCUGCAAAAUGUGGAACCUGGUGACAGGCCAGGAUAUCGCCUCGCUAAAGGUCCACCCCAAUAAUGUGGUGUCCAUCAAGUACUGCAGCCACUCAGGGUUGGUCUUCACUGUCUCCACCUCCUACAUCAAGGUGUGGGAUAUCCGGGAUUCGGCCAAGUGGAUCCGCACCCUCACCUCUUCAGGCCAGGUGAUCUCUGGGGACGCCUGGGCUGGGACCACCACCCGCACCAUCGCCUGCGUGCAGGGCGAGCACCAGAUCAACCAGAUCGCACUCAACCCCGCCGGCACCAUGCUCUACGCUGCCGCCGGGAACUCUGUCCGCAUCUGGGAGCUCAACAGGUUGCAGCCUAUCGGGAAGCUGACCGGCCACAUCGGGCCUGUGAUGUGUCUCACUGUGAACCAGACUGCGAGCAACCAUGACCUGGUCGUCACCGGCUCCAAGGAUCACUACGUCAAGAUGUUUGAGAUUGCGGACAGCGUGGUGGGGAACGUCGGCCCCACCCAUAAUUUCGAGCCCCCGCACUACGACGGCAUCGAGUGUCUGGCCAUCCAGGGCGACGUGCUCUUCAGCGGCUCCGGGGACAACGGGAUCAAGAAGUGGGACCUGGAGCAGCAGGAGAUCCUCCAGCAAAUCCCCAACGCGCACAAGGACUGGGUCUGUGCCCUGGCCUUCGUCCCCGGCCGCCCCAUGCUGCUCAGCGCCUGCCGCGGGGGCGUGGUGAAGGUCUGGAACAUGGAGAACUUCUCGCCCGUUGGGGAGAUCAAGGGCCACGACAGCCCCAUCAAUGCCAUCUGCACCAAUUCCAAGCACAUAUUCACUGCUUCCAGUGACUGCCAGCGACCUGACAGUGAAGCUCUGGAGCUGGAGAAGAUUGCUGAACGGCCCGACCUAGGCACUGGAAAGGCCGGAGCCAGGGCGACUGCCCAACAGUUCUUUGACCUUGGCACCGGCCUCCUGCCCAAGGUGUCUGGCCCCCAAUGA